UCGUCUGCUUUUCGCACCUGUCGCACGCAAUCAAUAUUACAACCAAUCAAACAACCCCUUCUAUUCUAGUGCGGGACAGUCUCGGUCGAAUUUCUAUUUUUACUGACAUACCUUUACGGUAGCACAAGUUCGAUAACCAGAUUUUUAUUUAAAUUCUACCUGGACCGGUUUGUGGAUAAAACAUUGGGCUUGUGAAAAAUGAAUGUGGAUCCAGCAUUUCGUAGUGUACAAAAAGGGAGGUCUGGAUUCUACAUAUGGAGAAUAGAGGACAUGAAAGUUGUGGCAGUUCCUCGAGAACAAUAUGGCAGCUUCUAUAAGGGUGACUCCUACAUCAUCCUCUCUUUAUCUGAAGAGGGAGACAUCAAGGGCGUGAACAUUAAGAUUAAGGAAAUUAAGGGAAGCCUAGAUGCUAACAUUCACUUCUGGCUGGGCUCCGAGACUACACAGGAUGAAGCAGGUGUAGCAGCAUAUAAAACAGUAGAACUUGAUGAUUACUUGGGAGGGGCACCUGUUCAACACAGAGAGGUCGAAGGUCAUGAAUCAAAACGCUUCCUCAAUUACUUCAAGUCAAAAGGAGGAGUCAGAUAUUCAGAUGGAGGCCACAAGUCAGGCUUUAACCAUGUGGAACACACAUUUAAGCAGAGACUCCUACAUGUCAAAGGAAAACAUCAUGUCAGAGUAUCAGAGACACCUAUUGGCUGGUCAUCCAUGAACCAUGGUGAUGCAUACAUCUUAGACACAGGUCUGGUAUUAUAUGUAUGGGUUGGAAAAGAGGCCAGUCGCACGGAGAGAAUCAAGGCUUUAGAACAUGCUCGACAUUUGAGAGAUGAGAGAGGAAAGGCCAACAUUAUUGUAGUGGAGGAUGGGCAAGAGAAAGAAAUGGCUAAGGACGAAUUAGAUGAAUUUGAAAAGCACCUUCCUCUGAGUUCCAAAGAUCAAAUUAAGUCAAAAGAGGAAGGAGGUGCAGAUGAGGUGGCAGAGAGAAAGGGCAGCUCUGAGCUUAAACUUUAUGUCUGUUCAGAAGAUGAUGGUACCCUCAAAGUCUCUGAGGUCAAGAGUGGCCCUCUUCUGAAGUCUGACCUUGACUCUGGUGAGUCCUACAUUAUUGACAAUGGCAGUGCUGGUAUUUGGGCCUGGAUUGGAAAGAAAUCAUCCAAGAAGGAAAGAUCUGAGGCUAUGAGGAAUGCCUUGGGCUUCAUCAAGAAGAAGAACCUACCUACCAGUACUAGUGUUACUCGUGUCGUGGAGGGAGGUGAACCUUCUGAUUUUAAAUGUCUCUUCAAGGACUGGCCCCAGCCUCCCAUCACAGGCAAAGUCUACAGUCGCAACAGAGUUGCCAAAACCAUCCAGACCAAAUUUGAUGCUUCUACUCUCCACUCUAAUCAACAGCUGGCUGCCGAGACUCAGAUGUUUGAUGAUGGAUCAGGGCGAGUUGAGGUGUGGAGAGUAAAGGACUUUGAUUUGGAACCCAUACAUGCAAAGUACAUGGGACAAUUCUUUGCUGGGGACUGCUAUGUUAUACAGUACACCUACCAGGUCGCUGGGAAAGAAAACCAUGUCAUCUACUAUUGGCAGGGACUCAAGGCCACCACAGAUGAAAAAGGAACAUCAGCUCUAAAAGCAGUGGAGCUAGAUGAUAAACUAGGAGGAGCUGCAGUUCAGGUUCGAGUGGUUCAGGGCAAAGAGCCAGCCCACUUCAUGUCCAUGUUUGAUGGCAAAAUGAUCAUUUUCUCUGGUGGUCAUGCUGGAUGGGGAGGGCAACAGAACAACAAUGCCGAUGGGCCAGGUGACAGCUACAUGCUUCAGGUCAGGGGAACCAACCAACUCAACACCAAAGCUGUUCAGGUGGAAAUGGAUGCUUCCUCUCUUAACACAAAUGAUGUUUUUGUUAUUUUCACCAAAACCCAAGUUUUUAUCUGGUGUGGAAAGGGUAGCACAGGGGAUGAAAGAGAAAUGGCCAAAAAAGUCACCAGCAGAUCACCUAGAGAGCCAGUCAUGGUGUUUGAAGGUCAAGAGAAGGACACAUUCUGGAACGUUUUGGGAGGAAAGAAACCUUACAUCAAUGACAAGAGGCUUCAGGAAGUAGAGACAAACCACCCAGCACGCCUGUUCCAGGUGUCUAAUGCCUCAGGCAGAUUUACUGUAGAUGAAAUCCCAGACUUCAGUCAACAGGACCUGGUCAGUGAUGAUGUCAUGAUUCUGGAUGUCUGGGACACAGUGUAUGUUUGGAUUGGAAAUGGAGCCAACAAACAGGAGAGGGAUGAGGCUGAGAGACUGGCCAUUGAGUAUGUAAAAACAGAUCCAGCAGGGCGAGAUGAAGAUACCCCAGUAUACAAAGUCAAACAAGGCUUUGAGCCUCCCACAUUUACUGGCUUCUUUGGAAUGUGGGAUAGGGAGUUGUGGAGUAAGGGGAAAUCCUUUGAGGAACUAAAGAAAGAACUUGGAGAAGGAAAUGAAGCUAUGUCUCUUGUCAAGCAGGUGGCAGAGAAUGGUUCCACAGACUUCCAGGAUGUGGCUAAAUAUAGCUACGAUGAGUUGACAGUACCGGCAGAAGAACUACCUGCUGGGGUUGACCCCUCAUGUAGAGAGAUCCAUCUUAGUAAUGAAGACUUUGAAAAGAUUUUCAAGAUGAAAUACUCAGAUUUUAUUACUAAAGCACCAUGGAAACAACAGGAAUUAAAGAAGAAGAACAAACUAUUCUAGUAGAACUUUUUAUUUUAGUCAAUAUUUCACAUUGCUCAUUGUACAUUGUACGUUAUUUGCAUUAGGCAUUAGUUAAUGUAUAUAAGUAUCCAAAUUUGAAAUGGAGCUGAUGUUGGUCAUUAUAGGGUAUUUAUCAUUGCUUACACUGUGAAUGCUUUUGUGGUGUUACACAAUGUUUUAGACUUUGUUAUACAGUAAUUUUCUAUUUUAUCGUAGUGUUGUACAUUGACACAUACACCUUUAUAUUUGAAAAUUAAUGUUCACAUCAAGAAUAUGCAUUUCCAUUUGCAAGAAUAGUAAAUAUGAAGAAUGUAUGCCAUGUUAGUUGUGAAAAGACCACAUUCCUUUAUUUAUUGUGAUCCAAAUUUCAUAUUUUCUUUUUACCAUAAAACUUAAUCACAUAUCAAGCACUAAGCUGUGAACAAGUAUUUAUAAAUGGGUUCUGUUUUUUGUAGACCAAAUCUCAUCAGAACUUGACUUUCUAUGUUGGAUCUGCUUUGUUGUUUGUUUAUUUUUAUAAAAUAAAUCUUUGAUAUGUUAAAUAUUUACUUACACAUUCCUAGUUUUGGAUAUUAUUAUUAUGAUACAUGUACAAUAGUUGUUUUUUUUUUUUUUUGGUUUUGUUUUUCACUAUAUUGAUUUGGUUGUCCAAUAAUCUAUAGUUUAUUUGUGCCUGUUGCAUUUAUUUAGCAAGUAUUUUAAUAUUAAUGAUGUAUCUUAUUCAAGAGUAUUAUAUUUAGGGGUGUGAGACUUAUUUAAACUUGAUAUGAAAAACAAACAUUUAAAGGCAUUAAUGUUUAAGUUUAAUACAGAUACAUGUACAUGUAUUUUACAAAUUAAAAUCAGUUUAUUAUAUUUCAGAGUAAGGAAAAAAGACUACUUUCCCUUAGAACAAGGAGAAAUCCUUAUCUCUUGUCUCUGUUAUGCUUAACCCUGUGAAGAAUAUAAAAUAUGAAUAAAUUGGUAGCGCUAACAUCAUUUCUUCCUUCAAAAAGAUAUUGCAAAACUUUUCUUGCUUUCAAGAAGACAAGUUGUAAAGACAUCCUCUCGUCUUUGGUCAAUUUGAUCUCAACCAAGGUAACUGGACAAGUACAUGUACCUUUUUAUCUUGUACAUGUAUUUCAGAAAUAAAGUAUUCAGGGUAAAUACAUGUACAUGUAUGAAGAUGAAUGGCAUUUACAUGAGAAUUUCUUUGUUAUUUCUAAUAAUUAGCAUAAUUUUUUUUUCAUGAAUCUAAGAAAGAUGAGAUAUCAAACAAACUUUUAAUAUAUGCUGGAAUAAAUGGAUCUGCACAAUGUCUUCCAAGAAGGUCAUUCAUAUAGAUCUUGUAAUAUUUCUAAAAUAUCCCCAUAAAUCUGUAAUAUUUCAUUUGUGUUUAUUACAGAUAAUUUUGAGGGUUUUAAAUACUUGUUAUUUUUUCCCCACAAUAUUCAAUAAUUUUUGUUGUUGUUCUUUUGAAAGGUGACCUAUGUGCUGCUGAUUGUUAGAUCAUUAAUGGCAAUACAUUCCUUAUUUUUUGCAUUGAUAUAUGUAGUCUGUGCAAUUCAUAUUCCUGGAAAUGUUAGUGUGCAAUGUAAGCUGUUCUUGGGUUUAACAAUUGUAUGGAACUGUAGCAAUAAGAUUAUGGGGAUGGUAGAUUUUUUGAUGUGUAUAUUUGUAACCAGAAUUUUUGUUCUAGCUUUGUAGUUUCACUUUAUAUACAUGUAUAUGUCUCUUUAACAUGUCAUUUUACAGACAUCAAUAUGUGUUGAACUUCUAUAUAAAUGUCUAUUAUGAAAAAAUGAA